ACGCAGUUUGACGCUUCGGGGGUGGCGGUACUACGGGGAGAGAACGACGGAGCGGAGAGUCAUUCAGGGUUAAAAUAUUCCGCCUUGGGGGGUGGGGGAGGACAUACUUCACUGCCAACCCAGUGACAAGGUUGGGUCUGCGGUGCCUGCAACCCAGGAAAACAUGGAGCUCGAGAAUAUCGUGGCCAACACAGUCCUGUUGAAAGCAAGAGAAGGAGGUGGUGGAAACAGAAAAGGAAAGAGCAAGAAAUGGAAACAGAUGCUUCAGUUCCCCCACAUCAGCCUGUGUGAGGAGCUCCGGCAAACUACAGAGAAAUACUACAACAGCCUUUGUGAGCGGCAGCCAAUCGGACGCAUGCUCUUUCGCCAGUUCUGUGAAACCCGGGUUGAGCUGAGGCGCUGUGUCAAAUUCCUGGACACUGUGGCAGAGUAUGAGGUCAGUCCAGAUGAGAAGAGGAGGGAGUGUGCUCAGGAGCUCCUAGACAAGUACUUCAGCCCAAAGUCAGAGGAUCAUGUCCCCGAGUUGGGGGAGGAAAUGAUGGGUCAGUUUACAGAGAGACUGGAGCAGGAGCAGGAGCCCUGUAAAGAACUCUUCAACGAGUGCACCAAACUGAUCCAUGACUACCUGAGUGUGGCUCCCUUCGCAGACUACCUCGACAGCAUGUACUAUAACCGGUUCCUGCAGUGGAAGUGGCUGGAGAGGCAGCCAGUCACCAAGAACACAUUCCGACAGUACAGGGUAUUAGGAAAGGGAGGCUUUGGUGAGGUGUGUGCUUGCCAGGUGCGAGCCACAGGAAAGAUGUAUGCGUGUAAGAAGUUGGAGAAGAAGAGGAUUAAGAAGAGGAAAGGAGAGUCCAUGGCCUUGAACGAGAAGCAGAUUUUAGAGAAAGUCAACAGUAGGUUUGUAGUGAGUCUAGCGUACGCCUAUGAGACGAAGGACGCUCUGUGUCUGGUGCUCACCCUGAUGAACGGAGGAGACCUCAAGUUCCACAUCUACCACAUGGGAGACGCUGGCUUCGAGGAGAAGAGGGCUGUGUUCUACUCUGCCGAGCUGGCCUGUGGCCUUGAGGACCUGCACAGAGAGAGGAUCGUAUACAGGGACCUGAAGCCUGAGAACAUACUAUUGGACGACCAUGGCCAUAUCCGGAUAUCAGACCUGGGCUUGGCUGUCCACGUGCCCGAGGGAGAGACUAUCAAGGGUCGGGUUGGCACCGUUGGGUACAUGGCUCCGGAGGUGGUUAAGAAUGAGCGCUACACAUUCAGCCCAGACUGGUGGGCGCUGGGCUGUCUGCUGUAUGAGAUGAUCGAGGGCCAGUCUCCCUUCCAGCAGCGCAAGAAGAAGAUUAAACGUGAGGACGUGGAGAGGCUGGUCAGAGACGUGGAAGAGGAGUACUCAGACAAGUUCUCAGAGGACACCAAGUCCCUCUGCAAAAUGCUGCUGGCCAAAGAGCCCAGUGAGAGGCUGGGCUGCCAGGGGGAGGGUGCUACGGAGGUGAAGGCCCACCACAUCUUCCGAUCCAUCAACUUUAAAAGGCUGAAGGCUGGCAGGCUGAAGGCCCCCUUCACCCCUGAUCCCCAGGCCAUUUACUGUAAGGACGUACUGGACAUCGAGCAGUUCUCCACGGUCAAGGGGGUGGAGUUGGAGCCCAAAGAUGACUCCUUCUACUGUAAAGUGUCCACAGGCAGCGUGUCCAUCCCCUGGCAGAUGGAGAUGAUCGAGUCUGAGUGCUUUCAGGAGCUCAAUGUGUUUCACACAGACGGGACAGUUCCCCCGGACCUGGACUGGAGAGGACAGCCCUCGCCACCACCUAAACAAGGGCUGCUUCAGAGGCUCUUUGGGAGACAGGACUGUUGUGGGAACUGCAGCGACAGUGACGAGGAGCCCACCAGGCUGUGACUGAGCUCCCUCCAACCAAUUACAUACACCAAGGAUCUCAUUUGUUUACAAAUUUUGCACAUUUGUAUCUUUAAGAUAGUUCUAUAUAAAUAUUGGAAUGUAUAUUUUCAGUAUAUAGCCAUAAAGUCCAUGUCAUUUAAAUGUAAUCAUUAUUCAGAACCCAUCAUAGGAGGCAACAACAGGUAAGCCUAAAACUGCUGUGGUCACCCCCCCCCCCAAAUCUGUUGAUAGUGUUGUCAGCUUUUCUUUCUCUUUUAAAAAGUGUCGACCGUGCUCCGACUGCUAAGUGUUUCUGAAUGAAAAGUGUACGUCCACAACUAUUUUUAUAUUUAUAUUUUAUUUUUAUUUACUUCAUGUAAUUCUAGGCAAUCAAAUUAGGAAUGUUGUGUGAACUGUAGGCUUAAAGGAAAUUGAAGACUAAGGUGAACUUUUGGUAUGAGGUAAUGCAUUAUGCACAUUCUAGGAUUCAAUCUAGAGACACUUGAUAUAAACCAAAUAGAUAUGACUAAACACUGCAAACAAGUGUAUAAUUUGUAACACUCGCGUCCGAAGUGUGUCUUCCAAUGAAUCUGAGUUUAGGUAGAAAGCAUGUUAGUUCCCAACCAUAUUAUGAGCUAGAGAAGUGAAUUGACAAAAAAAAAAAAAUGCAUUGUAA